AUGGAUAAAGCAAGCAAAAAAUUGAGUGGAAAUUCAAAUACGGUGCAAAAAAUCAUUGCAGUUCCCGAUCAAAAUUUGCCGAGUUCAUACUAUACUAAAAAGAUUGUUCUACUGUGUAUUUGUCUGAAAAAAUUUGCGGAAUAUUGUUUUGUUCUGGCUGUCACAUUUUUUAUUGUUCCUUUGAUAUUGGUCUGGUUGUAUCCACAUAUGGUUUUGAAUUUGGAAAAUGUCACAGGUAAUAUUCUAAUAGUUAAUUUUUUUGAAAACAAUGUUUCAGAAUGGAAAACAUCACCAUCUACACCGAUACAAAAAUUUCAAAUGACAACAAUCAAAAUGGCUGGAGUUAGUGCACAAAUUUGGUACAGAACUGGAAGCUUUAGAAUAUCGAACAUUCAUUCACCAAAAUAUAUAUCUCUGAACUCGUAUAAUCCAGAAAAACAAGGUUAUAAUAUUAUUUUCUGUGAUCCAACUCAACACAGACAUAAUCGAUUUACAUAUCAAGAAUAUAUAUCAAUUAUUAAAGUUUGUUAUUUAUGGGUCAAAUCAAAAGUUGGAACAAGUUCAGUCUAUUUAGCAGCUGACAAUCAUUUAGCAAAGUAUAUAAAUAAUUUUAAAGUUUUUGAUCAAUACAAGAAAUUUCAGCAUUGCUCUCGAAGCUGCUAUUCAUCUACAACCAAAAUACAAAAUCGAUAAGAUUUAUCUGAAAAACCCUGUUGCUGAUUUCGCGGAAAGAUAUCAAAAUAAUGGAAUUCUUCAAGGAACUUUUUUGAUACCAUCAAUUCGUCAAAGUGUCAUUGAGUAUGUAUUUCGGAGAAGUGGAUUAACAUUUUCGAAUUUUGAUGAACGUCUUCAAAAAUAUGGAAUUGGUACUGUUGUGAUUAACCCUAUUGAUAACCGGGGCACCAAAUCAGUAAACUGAACAUAUUUAUAGUGUUUCAUCAAUAAACUAAUUUUUCUAGAAAAUAAACUAACUUUUUCUGAAAUUGGAGACAGUUUUUGACAAAGUUAAGAAUUUGAAUACUUUUUUUCAGUCAAGAAAAUCAUUUCGAAAUUUCCAGAAUGAAAUGAAAAAAUCAAUUUACACCAACCUCCCGAACAUUCUUGAACAAAAUUAUUCACAUGAAAAUAACUUUGGAGCAAGUUAGAGCUCCAGAAAGAAGCGACUCUGGUAAUCAGUUCCGAGUUUUUUCACGUCAUAACUCAUGUUAGGAUCUUGUUAAGUAUAUCCCUUAUUUCAGAAAUCAUAAUUCAACGCCAGCAUUUCUCUGGAAAUAUUCCAACAACCCCUAAUUAUUUACUUCUCUAGCAAAAAGCAAGAGCUACUGUACCCAAUUUGUCUCUUCCGUGUUUUUUCCGAAGGUAUAUAUUAUUUCAGAAAAAAUAUAGAUAGCAAAAUAUUAAUUAUAUAUAAUUUAUUAUUUUCCACAUUUCUCGUUCGUUUCGUUCUUAACUAGCUACUGGAACGCAGCAAAAAAAUUCGCACAUUUCUCAAACAGAAUUUAUGUAUGUCUAUGGGUGUUCUUUUUUUUUCUUCUUGGGAGAUCGAAUUAUUCAAAUUUUUCGCAUCUGUGUGGGACCACACAAAAAACUUCUGAAUGUGGAAUUUGUUUCUAGGGGAGAACACGAAAUUCAGAAAAAGAGGAGAGGAAAAAACAACUUUUGUGUUUUUUUUUUGACAUCUUUUUAUGCUAACUUUUGUGUUACCUUUUUGUUAGUCUUUUAGUCUCGAGAAAUUGAAAACGAAGAGAAAACACAUUUGUCUUCUAAUUAGGCCUUCGAGAUGUCUUCUUUUUAGAUAUGAUAAUUGCGGCUGUUCGCCACUUUUUUCGUGUUUUUGAGCUUUGGUUUUUCGAGAUCCGAUUGUUAAUCGGAAUGCAGGAUUUUCGAAAGUUUUUCUUUCGAAACCACCUGGCGGCGAGUAAGCAUAACUCUGGCCUGGUGUCCAAUUCUUUCGAUUGAGCCAAAUGUUUUCCCCGAUAUUUCUACUUUGGGAAUUCAGUUAUUUUUUUUGCAUUUCUCGAUAACAAUCAUUGAUUUUAAAUUGCAUGGAAUAGAAGCGCUAUGCAGCUCUUUAGACUUCUAGAAAUUUCCUCGUGUUUUUUUUUUGAAAAUUCAAUCUUCGAUUUAUGAGCCAUGAUUUUUUUUUUUUGAAAAAUCAAUUUUCAAAUUGAAAGCUCGCAGACAUAAAGCUUUGCAGUUUUGUUCAAGAACAAUUUUCAGAUUAUUUUAAGCUCCUAUAAGUUGAUUAUCUUCAAAUAUUUCUUUCUCCUAUUUCUCAACAAAUUGCUGUACACGUUGAAUUUUUAAAUACUCUGUUUAGAGAAAAUUGGCUACCUUCUGAUCUCAGAAACGGCUCUUUAUAAUAUAUCAGAUCUGAAUUUUGUUUUAUCAUCAUCAAAUACAAACUCCAAAAUGUGUUUUGAAAACAACUCUAAGAAGGACCUCCCUAAUAAAUGAAAUAAUAAUAGUGCAAAAAUAUUUGUCAUUUUUUAUGAAGUCUUAUUCCGUCGUUUUUGCUUGUCAUGUUUUUUUCCACUUUUUGUCUUUGGUUGUUUUCGAAAAACACCAUUUUUCUGUUGUUUUUGCCUCCUCCUCCCAUUAUUUUUCUCAAUUUUGUUUUACGCAAAAAUGCACUUUCUAUGAUUGAAAACUGAACUUUUUUCUUUUUUUUUCUUAUUUUGUAGAGGCGAAGUGGAGUAAAAAAGUUCCAACUCUCGUAAUUAGGUUAGCCCCCAAGUAGAAUGUUUUUUUGGUCCUGGUCCAAUCUUUGUUCUUCUUUUUCAGAUUUUCCGGAAUCUUGUUUGUCAUUGAAGAUUUGGGAUCAAAUUUCAAAUUUCAAAUUUUAUUACAUUUUUUCUAUUAUUUAUGAUGAAUGCAUGAAUGAAAUCCUAUUUUUGUCUGAACUCCAUCUUAAUCUUUUUCUAAUUAUUUUUUGGUGUUCUUUUUUCUCGGAAGAGGAGGAAAUAACGGAAAUCUAUAUGUUUCCUUUUCAUGUAUGUGUCAAAAAAUAUUUUUUUCGUAAAAUUGUGUGUUUUUGACAUUCAUUUUUUUGGUCUUUUCUGAAAAAAAAUCAAGAAAAAAUAGUUGAUGAUUCAAUAAACAUCUGUUUUAUUCAGUUUUUUCUUUCAUUCUUUCUUUCUUGCUAAAUAAACAUAAACAUAUCACAGAUGUCUUAAAAUCUUGAGAUGUUUUUAAAAAUUCAUUUUCCUGGAAAUAAAGUGUUUUCAUUCAUUCGAUUCGAACAAAAACAAAUAUUUAUGCUGCUAUCCAAUUUUUUCAUCUUUGUAUUUUCAAAGAAAUAAAAAAUUCCGCUCGCGCUAGAAAUCGAACCUUUGGCCUUUUUCUUGAUAACCCGGUGUGUUACCACUUGCGCUAUUUAUCAACAGUGGCUCUCAACGCGCUGUUUCCUACCAGAGUCGAUUUCUAGACGUGGAUCCUGGACAAUUAAAUUCUCUAGGCGUAGCUACUUGCCUUUCUACAAUCGGAUAUUUCGCACACAAGCUCUAAUGGCUUCAAAAAUUAUAUAAUGAUCGUUAAUUGUUAUAUUUACGAAUUCAGCACAUAAUUCUUGCUUUUUGAAAUCACGAACCUGACAAAAAAUGAUAUUUUUACACUUUCUGCUGUCUAAAACACAAAAUGUUUCAUUUUAUUUCAUUUCCAGUGUUUUAUAAAUGAAAUUGAAAAAUGUGCGAAAAAAUGCAAAAAAACCGGAAAUCCGGAAAAUAUUUCUCGAAAUUUCUAAUCGAAUAACUAGAAGAAGAAGUACUUUUGAAAUUUUUCAUAUUUUUCCACGAAAUGAAAUGAAAAAUAUUCUGUUUUCCCGCAUUUUCAAGUUUUUUGCACUUCAUAUUGUAAAUACUUGUAUUAUUUUUCAAAAAUCAUAAUUUUUUGUUUUGCAAAAAAUUGGCUCAAAUUUUCCUUUUAAAGAUAUUCCGAUGAUACUAAUUUUUCGAUUACUGUAAAUUUGUAUUUUUUGGAUUGAACAUUUUGUAAUCAUAUACUGGAAGAUUUUAGUCUGAAAUUGGAAAAAAAAUCAAACUCAAAAAAAAUUUCAGAAAAAUAGAGACUACAAAAAUAUGAGACCAAACACUAAAACGUUCUAUUUAGCUCAAGUUUUUAUAAUCGAAUUAUCAAAAUUCUAAUUUUCCUCGAAUAUAUUUAUCAUUCUUCUUGAUUUUCUCUCUCUCUUAAAAUUCAAAAUAAGAAAAAAAUAAGGAAGCAAAAGGAAAGUUUUGCUUCUCAAAUAUGCAUACAUUUUUUCUCGUUUUUCUUCUUUUUUUUGAUCCAUCAUGCAUAAUGUGUUAAAGUACCUUUGCAGUUCUCAUAAAAAACCCAAUAAAUAUUUGGGUCGGAAACUGCUUUCAUAUGUUGACAAUUUAACCAAAAAUGCAUUUUUCGGUAGUAAUAAUAAAAAUAAUAACAACUCAGAAGGUUAGAUAGCUUAUGAAUUCUUGAUUGAAAAGUCACGCGGUCGAUUUUAUGUGCUUGCUUGGAGAAAUGAUUUAUUUUUAUGAUAUUGCUUCAUUUUUUGAGUUUCAGUGAUUGUUCAGUUUUUUUUAAAAGAGGUUUUGGAACUUCAGAAUUUAUAGAAUUUAGGACCGAUCAUAUUCGAAAUAGUUUUAUUAGGCUUAUCGAAAAAAAUUCUGGCACUUCUAGUUUCUGUAACCAAAAUUUUGUUGAAAAGUCCCUUGAUGACUCAUUCAUUUUCCUCUUCGUCUUCUUUUUUAUUAAAGUCCCCUGAACUUGUAAUUACAACAACACGCAACGAAGCCAAUUAUGGCUUCAAAGUUUUUUUUUUGCGCAGAGCUCAUCACAGGAGCAAAAAAAUAGAUGAAAAAAAGAGAAAAUUUUGACGCGGUCUAUUGAAUUUUUGAUGGAUUGAGAAAAGAAAGUAGAGGUUUCUGGGCGAUGAGAAUUUAAAAUUAAUUAUUUGGCAACAAAUUUGGGAUAGAAAUAUCUAUUUAAAUUCGAACUUUGGUGUCAAAUAUUAUUUUUUGAUGUUUUAGUUUUGAUAGACUUCAAAAGCCAAAUUGUUUUAUAUCGAAAUAUUCUUAGAAAUGCUAUUCCCUAAGAGUUUCGAACCAAAUUUGGAAAAUCAAAGAUUUCUUCUUAUUUUAGUAGAUCAACAAUCAUUCGGAAAAGGGUCUAAUUAAAUGCGCGCAAGAUAAAUAAGUAUACUUAUACUUAUAGACAUUUAAUUGCAGUGCUCUCUGAAAUUUCUCCAACUAAUUCAACUUCUCGUUAUGUAUUUAUUCCGACGUUUUUUGUGGGCGUACGGAAAUAUUUUCAAACAUUUGAUUUGAUGAAUAAUUAAUCGCCGGGUUCAUAACCGCCUCUUCAGAGAAAAGAAAAAAGAAGUUGUUAUUUAGUAAAAAGUAAGAAAUCAGAGUUCUUCGAGAGAACUACAAAAAAUGAGGGUUUUUGAUUUUCUCAGGAGUUGUUUGUUAUUUGUUUCACGAACGUGAGAAGUACAAAAAUAAACUUUUUGAGUUUUAGCAUUGAAAUAUUGAACAUGUGACUAUUUGUGAGAACAUCUAAUAUGGAUUAUUCUUAAACUAUUUUUUUAAAGUCUCCUGUUUUUCUAAAGUCAAAUCAAUCAGAUUCACAACAAAAUUUUGACCACCAUAUUUUCUCUUUCCAAAAUUACCCCCAAAAAAUAGCUCCGCCCCCGAAAUUUGUUCCAUGUCAAUCAACACAUUUUUUCUCAUCAUCAUCAUCAUUUUUGUGUGUGGUGUCAAUUUUUUCUAUUUCUAACCUAAAACGAAUACAAAUUGAAUUCGAAUUGAAUAUUCGUUUGCUUUAAUGAGUCAGAUUGUGAUGUGUGUUUUGGAGCUAAAAAAUCAGAGGCGCAAAAUGUUUGCUUCCCAGGUUUUGAAUUUCAAUGGGGUCAAAAAUUGGCGCUAAUUUUUUAGCUUUCGCUAAUUGAUGGAUUUCCGGUGGGAACUAGAUUUUAUAGCUUAUACUUCCGGCUACUUUCUAGAUUUCUAGAAAAAUAGUUACAUCACUUGAGAGAGAGAAAAUGAUGUUUGAUCAUUUUUCUCUGGAUCCCAUCUGGUUUUUUUUCGGACCCUUUUCUCUUUUUGAAAAAUGUGUCCUCAUCGAGUCGCGCGCGCAACAUUUUUAAACCCGUUGUGAAUCUCUAUUUUUUGUUGUUUUGUUAUUGCCUCCCUCAAGAGACACAAUCCGUUGUUUUUUUUUUCGUGUUGUUUGACAUAGAAAUCUUCGUCGUGGCUCAUUAAAAUGCACAUUUUAUAGAUAUUUCUAGUUUUUCUAGAGAUUUCUUUUAUACGGAAAUCGACUUUUUUAGUGCUAGAUAAGUUUGUAGAAAAUCGGAAAUUUGAGAGUUUUGAACUUUUUUUUGGCUCUCUCUUUCUGACAAAGUGAUGUGAUGUCUACUAGAAACUGAAAGUUUUAGAAAAAGCACGAGAAAUUUAAUACUAGGUUUUGAUUUUUGGAGGGUAACUUUGAAAUUUAGAAUUCAUAGUUCUUGAAAAAAAUGCGUUAGAACCACGUGUGAUUUUCAGAUAAUUUCACCCGAGAAACUUCAAACUUUCGAGUACAGUGUAAACACAGAAUGUCAAAUGAAAAAAAAACAGUUUUUCACAGAAUUUGCAAGAAAACAUUCAAAUUCCAACUGUUAUCCCCUUGGCCAUGUAACAAAUUUCCCACAUAAAAUCUAGUGCCAAACUUUUUAUUUCUCAAAUCCUAAAUUAGUAUUCAACUCUAGAUCAGAAAAUCCUGACUUUUCCGAAUUGUUCAUUCUGUGUUUAUGUGAUUUUUGAGACCGGUGUUUGUGUUUUUCGAAAAAUAGUUCGGAAACUCCUGGUUGUCACGCAAAAUUUUAAUUCCAAGAAUUAUUUUUUUCAAUUUAGAAAAUAUUUUUUUAGUUUUGGUUUAUGCCAUGCAAAAAUGUAUUGAUUCCUUACUUCAAAAGUUCCUGAAUUUAAUUUGUUUGAAAAAAAGUUUCCUACUUGAAGCAACCAAUUCUGUGUACUAACACGAGUUUCAGAAACCACAACUCAACACCAAAAAACAGUCAAUCCUCAAACAUUUCCACUUAUUGUUAUUUUUCCCGAAAAUAUUUUUUGUUUUCAACAUUAUUAUUAUUAUUCAAUUAUCCAUCAGUUUACCAAAGAAAAAACGUCAACAAAAUUAUUUUUUCUUCUGUGCCAAAAUGGUUAAUUAACCUCAUUUUAGUUAGUUUAGUGCUGAAACACUCAACAAGCUCCGCCCAUUUUUCUGUUUCUCUCGAACUCUCUCAAGGAGAUCUCGUAUUUUUGACUCUCCCCACUUAUUUUCGGGGAGAAUAAGGCAUUUUCAUAGAAUACCAUCUUAUUAUUAUUUUUUUGAUCAAAAGGUCAUUUUUGUUCCUUUUUUUGAAACUAUCAUCGUUUUUCUCAAAACUCUAAUAUUUUUAGAAAAUGGAGUCUACUGAAAAUAAUACAUGCAGAACAAUACAAGUUUAUGCGCCAGAACUAUUGGAUAUGAAAAUGUUGCAGAUAUUUUUCUCAUUUUUGUAUUUUCUCGUAUGGGUGACGGCUAUUGUUGGAAAUACUUUGGUUUUAUAUGUUCUUUCUGUUACUCAGGUUAGUUGAGGAAGUAGAUCCAUCUUCAAAAAAAAUGGGAUGGGAACAAUGAGAAUCUAGUGAAUGAAUGAAUAUAAUCGAAUUUCCUUCCGUUUGCUGAUGCAAGGAUUAUGCAAAAAAUUUGGGGGAAACGCGGAGGAAGCUGAUUUAUGAUGGGGAAAAGGAAAUAUUUGAGAAAACUAGAUCGAAAAGUUCUAGAUAAGUUUUCAGCUGCAUAAGGUUAUGAAUAGUUUCACCUGCAAAUAUGCGACGUGAUAUUUAGGAAAAAGAUCUAUGCCUGAAUGUAAAAAUGAAGUCAAAAAUUUUAACCUCAAUUUUUUCAGCUGUAAAAAGUUCAGCACCUCAGAAAAAAAAACUUUUGCAUUUCAAAUUACUUGAGUUAGUUUUUGACACGUCAUUACCAGGAAAUUUCUGAAUGAGAAUAUCUGAAAAAUUAUGUUUUGAUUCUCCAAUUCCCUAAUUAUUAGUUUUCUGAUCAGUUUCCUUAUUUGCAAAAAAAAUUAUAGGCAACAAAUCGGUAAUUAAUUUUUCAAAAUGAAAAAUACUUAUUCCAUUUCUGAAACCAGUCAGAUAUAUCAAUUGAUUCAAUUUCUAGAUUUCGAAUCGAAGAUUCCAAAAUUUAAAGUCGAGAUCCUGGAAUGCUUGAAAUUACUUUCCAAAACCUUGAAAUAUUUCAGGUCUCGUUAUCAGUUCGAACUGUAUUUGUUGGAUGUCUUGCAACUUCCGAUCUUCUUAUGUGUCUUUUUUCUCUUCCAAUUACAGUUAUCACAACAUUCACAAGAGAAUGGGUUUUCCCCGCAAUUUUUUGCAAUAUUGUUGGAGUUUUUCAAGGUGGAAGUAUUUUUGUGUCAUCGUUUACACUCACUUUCAUUGCGUUGGAUAGAUGUAUGCUUAUUUUGAAACCGAAUAAAGAGGUGAGUAAAGUUUAAUUUAAAAAUGAAUCUGAUGGAAAAAAUAACUAUGGCUAUGAAAAAAUCCGAAGAUCAUUCAUUAAAAAUUAAUUAGCUCAUACGAAUUCUGUUGAAAAAUGCAGGAUUCUGCAAAAUCUCAAUUUCAGUCAAACACAAUUUUUUGAGUGGGUUCUGUUUGUUUUACGAAAAAUCGUAUUGUUAGAAUCAACUUGACCUUUAGAUGAUAUAGCUUACAUUUCGAAAUAAAAUAAAGUUCAAAGAAUGGGUUUUUAUUAGAAAAAAAUUCCAAGUGCCACGUCAUAAACAUUUUUGUCUAUGAUUUCUGUAACUCAAUAUGCACUUUUACAUGUAUUUAGUAACCAGUUUUUUGACCAAACACCAUAUCCAAAAGUCUAGCAGCAAAAAAUUGUGUAAUAUGAUUUUCUUCGUUUUUCCUCUCCUUCUUCUUUCUGUUUUUUUUUACUCAUCCAUGGAUUUUCAUCUCAUCUCAUUAGUUAUGAGAUGUAUGUUCUUUUGAACAUAAAAAAGUAAUAAGUAUGUAUAAGGUUGAAGUUUGAGAUGUUAGUUUUACAUUGAUGUCACAAGAAAAAAGUGACAGUAGAAAAACUAGAAUAAUUAUUUGAUUUUAAAAAUCCGAAGCGAGCAAUCCAGCAAAAAUUUUACAACUUUUUUGAACUCGUGAAUAUUUUUUUCUCGAUUUCUUUAAUCACGGUCAACUCAGAAAUCAAAAUCUUAUCCGAAAAUGAAGACGUUUCCCGAUUCAAAAAUUGUGAAACCUCAAUAAAAAAGGAAUAUUUACAGAUGGUGAAUUAUUCACGUGCCUAUCUAAUUGUUGGAUUCAUUUGGGUUCUUGGUUAUAGUCUUGCACUUCCACUUGGCGUCUUCAGUAAAAUCACAAGUUAUGAUGAUCUUUGUGGUGCAUAUUGUGAAGAAGCUUGGCCCGAUAAAAAAUAUCGACAAGGUUACGGUCUAACUGUUUUAGCCUUACAAUUCGGAAUUCCAACAAUAAUUUCAUCAAUUUGUUAUUAUAUGAUAAGUCAAGUAAUGUCAUCCCAAUUAAAAAGAAGAAGAGGAGCAAUGACAAAACUUCGACCAGAAUCUGAGGUCAAAUUAGUUAGUCGAAAAACUCGAGCAAAUCGAAUGAUGAUUUUUAUGGUUGUUGGAUUUGUUCUCGCUUGGAUGCCAUUUAAUUUGAUCAAUUUAUAUCGAGAUCUGAUAGCGAGUGAAGAAUUGUCAAGCUGGUACAGCACUGUUUUUGUAUUUUGCCACGUUUGUGCAAUGUGUUCAGCAGUUGUCAAUCCAAUUAUUUAUUCAUGGUUCAACCCAUCGUUCAGAACAAGUAUAUUAACGGUUUUGAAAAAGUAUAGUGGAGGACAAAAAGGAAUGGGAGGAACACAGAAAAUGGUGAGGUUUUUUUUUUGAAAAAAAAACCAGAUUUGAUGAUUCCACAAGAUAACCUUGUUUGAAUUUAAUUCUAAAAACCUACACGGUGCUAAUUUUCAGGCCCAUAUUAAUCUCAUCUAAAAUUGUCAUAAACGAUACUUUAUUUUCAGACCCGACCUGAUACAAAAGUCACAAUCGCCAACGGCAACGAUUUUCAACAAGGCGAUCAAUAUUUAUGA